GGGGGGCCCCCGGGGGGGCCCCCGGGGGGGCCCCCGGGGGGGCCCCCCGGCCACUGGACCCUUUUGCUGCAGACUUGUUUUUGCUGCUGGAGAAGAUCAUUCGGUCGCCGACAGUGCCGCGCGGCAGCGCAGCAGCAGCAGGAGCAGCAGCAGCAGCAGCAGCAGCAGCAGCAGCAGGAGAGGGCUGCUCGCCCGCCACAAAAGCCCGAGCCAUUGGAGUCAUUGGGGGCCUCGUGAAGGGACUCUCCCCACAGUGCUACCUGCAGCAGCUGCCGCAGCUGCUGCAGCUCGUGCUGCAGCAAGUCGACGGCGGAGACUCUCAAGGAGACACUCCUCCAGAAGCAGCUCACGAAAUCAGAGACGAAGCUUUCGCUUGCUUCCGCGACGUUUCUGCUGCUCUCAAGGAAGAAUUCGUCCCCUUCCUCGAGGUAAACCACCAGCAGCAGCAGCAGCAGCAGCAGCAGCAGCAGCAGCAGCAGCAGCGCAGCGUUAGCAGUAGCAGCACACGCGGCAGUGCCUUCGUCCGCAGCAGCACCAGCAGCAGCAGCACCAGCAGCAGCAGCACCAGCAGCAGCAGCAAUACCAGCAGCAGCAGCAGCAGCAGCAAUACCAGCAGCAGCAGCAGCAGCAGCAGCAGCAGCAGCAGCGGGGUGUGGUGUGCUGCAGGAAGUGAUGGGCGGGACGGGAGGUGCGGGGCAGCGGACAUUGCUGCUGCUGCUGCUGCUGCUGCUGCUGCUGCUGCUACAGGGUAUCUCGAUGAGCUCGACUCUGCUGCCUUUUGCCUACGAGCUUUGUGGGAGAACUGCGGAGGCCACUGCAUGAAAUACUUGCAAAAGACCUGCGAGGCCAUUGAGGUGCUGAAGACCCACUUCCACGACGCUGCGCGGCAGCAGGCGGGAUUCUUAAUUGCUGCUGUGCUGCUGGCGGCCCACAGGACGUUGCAGCCGCAGCAGGACCAGCAGCAGCAGCAGCAGCAGCAGCAGCAGCAGCAGCAGAAUGCCGUGCAGCCGCUGCAGCCCCACGUACUGCAGCUCUGGCAGACGCAGCUCUACCCGCUUCUCUUCUCCAUUAUCAGCGAAGAGACAGUAGGAGACGCGUUCUCUGCCUUGGGGACUGUGCUGGAGGGUGUGGGGCCAGCAGCAAUUUUCAGCAAAGAGCAGCGGGAGAGUUUGCUGCAGCAGUGCAGCAACUUGCUGCGGGGGACCCACAUCUGCCAGCUCAACCAGGACGUAGACGACGAAGAUGACUCCCGCCAGGAAGAAGAGUAUUUGUUUGAAGGGCUGGUUGCCUUUUUGUCGGCGUUCGCGAGCGCAGCAGCACAAGGCAGCGCAGCAGCAGCAGCAGCAGCAGACCCGGAAGCAGCAAAAGCAGCAGAAGCAGCAGCAGCAAACUGCAACAUGAACCUUUUCUGUGCAGCAUAUGCAGAGCUGCAUCCCCACAUUUUGGCUCUUGCUUCUCACAAGCACUCCAAGGCCUACGCCGCAAUAGGCCUGGGCUGCUUCGCUGAGGUGUUCCGGGAGAUGGGUGCUGCUGCAGUGCCCUACGCGUCGCUGCCAGCAGUGCUGAAGGCUGUUGCUGAAGGUGUGCUGCAGCAGGAAGAUGAGGACUGCAGACGCAACGCCUGCUUCUGCCUCAGCGUCAUCUACGAGGUUGCGGGAACGUCUCCAGCUGUUAGCAGCAAAACAAUGGAGUUCUUGCGGCUGCUGCACCCCAUUUUUAGGUCCCGCGAAGAGCUGAACAAGUCGGAACAAAGCACCAUCGACAACGCGUGUUCGGCUGUUGCUGCUAUGCUGCUGCAAGAGCCUGCGGGGCUGCCGCUGGAGAAAGUUUUCGUUUUGCUGCUGUCGCAUUUGCCCUUAGCAGCAGAUCGAGAAGAAAGCAAAAUGGUGCUGCAGGCGCUGCUGCAGCUAGCUGCCAAGCACCCCGACUUGGUGCUGCAGCACGCCCAGCAGUUCAUGUUUGCCUGCGCCUGCGAGGCCUCGUUCCCAGGAGCAGCGCGGCGGCUGGGCCCCGAGCUGACAGCAGCAGCGCAGCAGCUGCUGCAGCAAAUGGCCAGAAACCCGCAGCUGCCAGCAGGCACUUUGGAGGCCCUUGCUGCUAGUCUGCAGCAGAAACCCUACGCCCUGGCCUUCCUCAGACAGGGCUAG